UUGUAGUUUAAUAAACCACAAUGGUAAUGUAAGUAUAAGUAAUAUUAUAACAUUUAAUUGCAUUUUUGUUUUGGCUUGUUACUCAAACGUUACCUACUCAAUGGCGUUCAACGUUGAUGGAGCCCCUGCUGUCGAUCUAAAUGACCGAGAAUGCGACGAGGAAUUAUUGGUGGUGAACGUACAAGUAAUCAAAAAUAAUAAUAAUUAACGACGUUCUUGAAAAUAACCUAUCUUUCUUUUAUUUAGGAAGAACAUGGAAAAAAAAUGCACAGUUUGUGUGAGGUGUUGAGCGCGUUACAAGCGAACUUUGAUCAGUUCACCGAAAGCUGUUUCGAAGUUAACAGUGAGUAUACUUAGGUACGAAAUAAUAACUUAUACUUAGACUAGGAUGUUGUAGUCAUAUAUUUUUAUUAGAAAAAAAAUUAAGAGUUUUAAAUGAUUAAAAGUGUACAAACAUUAACCCUAUUAGUUAAAAGUAAUAAAUAUUUAUGUUAGUCCCCAUACGGGUUAGUGUUAGUAUAUGAGUUAAUAUAUUAAUAUAUGAGUUAAUAUAUUUAAUACUAAUUUUUUGGUAGUUCAAGAGUAUAAUAGGACAAUAAAUCAGAAUCAACUUAAAAUUUUUGUUUUACUGAAUUAUAAAAUUACAUAAACUAGAAAUAAUUAAACCAGAUAGAUAUAUUUUAAAAUCAGACAUCAGUAGUACUAUAUUAUUUUUUUGCAGAAAAACAUUUUUCCUAAAUUUAAUUUUCAACAUAAAAUAAUAUUAUACCAACUAUUUGGAUAAGUAUACAUACUAUCCUGUAUAAUACAUUUAUUAUAUCAGUGAGUUUUUAAAUUAUGUUAUUAAAUUAAAGAAUUUUUGUGGCUCUUCAAUGUCCAAAAUUGAAUUAGUCUAUAGUUAGUUUUACUGUAAAAUUAUUUUUACAAUAAGCAACUAUAUUAUACAUUUUUAAAAUUAAUAUACAUCUGUGUUUAAACAUUUAGGUAAUUAAUAAUCAUAGUAAGAAAUUAUAAAAAUUGUUUUUUGGAUUAAUGCUUCCCAAACUUUUGUAACUAACAGUGCCUAUUUUUAACUAAGAACCUCCUUGAAAAUCAUUUAUAUCAACAAAUAAUUCUAAGUAGAGAAGUAUUGCUAUUAUUAGUUGCCUUUUUCCCAUUUUCUCUGGCUAGAAACCUUCAAACCUACAAAAAUAAAAUAUAAAACAGAUGUAUAUUAUUAUUUAUACAUUGCUUGUUUGUUUUUUUUUCCACAAAAACCAAAUAGAAAUUUAGACAUUGUUCUAAAAUUACCUUUGUGUAAAAAUCCUCAUAUUUUAAUUAUUAGUAUUAUAUAUUAAUGAGUAAUUUUGGAGAAUUUUUACUAACAAUAUAAAUGAUUUCCAAAACCACUACUUUAGGCAUAAAAAACAAAAAAAAGUGUCCUAGGAUAAUGGGGACAGGUAGAAUCAUUAUUAUAGGUGAAAAGUUAAGAAGGUAGUAGAGGGGAAAUGUAAUGUAUAUUUGUAAGUGACAUACCAUUAAUGACGAAAAAAGGAUUCUGAGAAGAGUUCAAUUGAAAGUGUCGCUUUAACAACAAUAUGUAUUUUAUAUUAUGGUAUUAUAAUUACUUAUUUUUUAUGUAUAUUUUCUUUAAUAAUAUUUGUUUAAUAUUGUACUUAUUUUCCCGGUUUCCCCAUUUAUUGGGAAAACUGGGGAAAAUCAAAAAUUACCUCCUUUAAGUACCUCCUCAGUCAGAUUUCUUUUUGGAAAAAAUGUUAUCAUUUUAAAUUGGAGCAAAAUUGCUAGUAAAAAUGUUGUUCCCAGGGGGGAGGUGGGAAGUGGUGACUUGAAGGCUGUAAUAUUUUAGAUUCUAAGUGGUGCUAAGAAACUUAUAGUUUUACAAUGAUGUUUAUUUUUUUAUUUUGUGGACAAUUUUUCUACCAGCAAAUUUGCUCCUAUUUUCAAUUAAAGUACUUUUUCUGAAAGUAAAUCUGACUGGGGAGGUACUUUAGAGAGGUCAUUUUUGAUUUUCUCAGAAGUUUUCCUAAUAAAUGGGAAAAACUUGAAAAAAUAGUACAAUAUUUACAAAUAUUAUUCAAGAAAAUAUAUAAUGCAUAUGUAAUUAAUUUACCAUAAUAUUGUAUAUAUAUAUAGAUUCAUUAAAUUACCUAUAAAUUGGCUACACCCAUCCCCAUUAUUCUGAGACAGCUUUUUAAACUAAAAAAUAACCUCAUUAUAGUACCUCCCCAGUAAAAUUUUCUUUCAGAAAAAGUGGUAUUAUUGUAAAUCUGAGAAAAAUUGCUGGUUUGGAAAGUUGUUUAAAGUUGUUCAUCAAUAAACAUCAUUUUAAAAUUUAAUACAUUCCUUGCUCCACUCAGAAUCUAAAAAUUAAAGAUUUAAAAUUCUUAAACAGCUUUUAUAGUAAUUUUUGUAGAGCAGUGUAUGCCCAUGUCUCUCAAGUUCGUUGGUUUGAAACUAAAUGUGGUUUAUAAUAAAUGAUUACUAGCAAGAAAUAAGAGAUGAUUAUUUUGUGUGAUAGAAAUUAUAAAUUGUUUCUAAAUGAUUUAAUUUUUUUUUAUUACUAUUCCAGAUAAACUGAAUCAAUUGGAAAUGGAUUGUAUUGAUGUACUACAACCAAUUGAUAUGAUUUUGAUGGAAAGACACAUUGAACAUAUAUGUGAAAUGGAAUCAAAUUUAAAUUUGUUGUAUAACAUAGGAAAUGUUAAAAAAUGAUUAACUAACGGUUUUUUUUUUUUUUACAUUUCUAGAAUAUUUUUUUGAAUUAAUAAGUUACUAAUUUAUUAUUUAUCUUAAGACAAUAAGGCUGUACUAUAACCAACCUAAAACUAGCCUCAGUAUAGACAUACUUAACACUAUAGAUAGUUCACUAUUGUAGCUCACUUAUUGCUCUCAACCAUACAAUAAAGAAUCUAUAACAUAAUUUACAUUUUACUGUAGUAUCUAGUAUAAUUUUAGUAUAGUCUAGGAUUGAUUCUACUUCAAUAGGUGAUUCACUUAACAUCAUGUUUAAUUUCUCUUGAACUUCAAUGAUGUUCUUAUUUCAAGGUUAGAAAAAAGUUUUUUUUGUAUUUUAAAUGUUUUAUUUGUUUUGGCUUAUGAAGUAUGCAUUUUAGCAAAAUAACACUGUAU